AAGCGUUUUUCAUUGUUUUGAACAUUUCUUUUUUUUUCACAAAGCGAAAUAAGUUGCAGUGCAAAUACAAUUUCAUUAUAAGUGGAAGCAUUUCGGCAACCAAGAAUUGAGUACAAAAGAGCAGCGAAACACGCCGUUCUGGGAGUUGGCCAUGCUUUGGACUGUGCAUCUGGACGGCGGACCGCAGCGUGUGAACCAUGCAGCGGUUGGCGUCGGCGAUCUCAUAUACAGCUUCGGUGGCUAUUGCACCGGCGACGAUUAUCGAUUCAAUGAGGCGAUCGAUGUGCAUGUGCUGAACGCGCACACUAUGCGCUGGAGCCUAAUACCGCCCCAAUGCGACAGUGAGGGUGUGCCACUAAUAUAUCCACAGGUGCCAUUCCAACGCUAUGGACACACAGUGGCCGCGUAUGCGGAGAAAAUUUACAUUUGGGGCGGUCGGAACGACGAGAGUCUGUGUAAUGUGCUUUACUGCUUUGAUCCGAAGACGGCGCGUUGGACUCGGCCUCAAGUAAGUGGUUGCCUGCCGGGAGCACGUGAUGGCCAUUCGGCAUGUGUGAUCGGGAAUUGUAUGUAUAUAUUUGGCGGCUUUGUCGAUGAGAUCAAUGAGUUUUCAAGCGAUGUGCACUCCCUGAAUUUGGGCACCAUGGAAUGGCGCUAUGUGCAAACGUUUGGCGUGCCGCCCACCUAUCGGGACUUCCACGCCGCUGUCGCCUACGAGGAGGAACGCAUGUAUAUCUUUGGUGGACGCGGCGACAAGCACAGUCCCUACCAUAGUCAGGAGGAGACCUAUUGCCAUGAAAUUGUCUACUUGGAUAUGAAAACCAAGGUCUGGCACCGUCCGUUUACUUCUGGAAAGGUGCCCGUGGGUAGACGCAGCCACAGCAUGUUUGUUUAUAACAAGCUAAUAUUCGUCUUCGGCGGUUACAAUGGGCUGUUGGAUCAGCAUUUCAACGACUUGUACACUUUCGAUCCGCGCACCAAAAUUUGGAAUCUUAUACGCCCCAAUGGCAAGGCGCCAACGGCCAGACGGAGGCAGUGUGCUAUUGUUAUGGGCACGCGCAUGUUUCUCUUUGGCGGCACGAGCCCAGCGCCUCGCUACAACAACAGCAACAACGCACAACAACUGGCUUUGAAUCAAUCGCAGACUCAAGCCCAGCAACGCGGUAAUGGCCACGACGCCGCCUUGGUGGUGCUCAUUGACUACAGCGACUUGCAUGUGCUGGACUUUGAGCCCACCCUGAAAACAUUGGCCAGCAUGAUUGUAUUGAAGCAUUCGCUAGAUGUUUCCUGCUUGCCAAGAAGCUUUCGGGCCGACUUACAAAUGCUAACACAACCGAACAGUAUUACUAGGCCCAUCAAUCAGGCCGGCUAGCGUUUGUUCUUGUUGUUGUUACUGCUGUUGUUAUGUAGGGGAGGGAGAGAAACAAAAGUUGAGGGAUGAUGCCUGGAGCCUGGGUCUCGUCCAUCUCGUCGUCGACUGCCAGAAUUCACGCGUUAAAAAAUUACAACAGAGUAUAAAUAUUAGAAAUUAGAACACAUUUACACACAAACAAACAUAAUGGAGCGAUGCUAGUCUAGUUUUUACAUCGUAAUUUUGAGCGAUAAUUCUCCUUAAUUUUGCCACAAGCUUGGGCACUCAAUUAAACUAAAGCAAACUUAUUAUAAGAUAAUAAUAUUUUGGAAUCUCAAAUGUUCCCCUUUUGCCCAAUUUUGUAUAAAUUCUCAUGUACGAGUACUUCCACUUAGUGGAAACAUUCAUCUAUUUCUGUGAUUCGAGAGAAUUUGCAAAUACAUGCAUAUGUAGCAUAAUAUCGCUAUAAGAAAUAGAUCGGCAUAACUCCAAUACACACACACACAAACACACACUAUUCAGUCGAUUGCAUUUCUGGAUCGAAGAAGUCUUCAAUGUUCCGAGCAACUGGUUGGAGACGCGCGUUUAAAGCAGGCCAAGUACUGCAGCCACAACACACAGAUCAUACACUUUCACACCCACACACCCACACACGCAAAUAUAUAUGUAUGUACAUAUAUAUAUAUGCAUACCAAGCAACGAAACUAGUCCGAGCGUAUACCAGACGCGCGCUCCAAUCAUUUGCCAGCAAGAAAUAAUAUUUGAAAAGGCAAAAACUGUUGCCCUGUUCCACUUCUGCAUUAAUGCUACUUAUAAUACAUUUUGCCAAGGGCCCCUAUAUAUAGAAUCGCACAAAUAAUGCGGUUUCACAGAACAUUUUCAUAAAACUCAAAUCAAUAAAAUCUCAACAAAAUGCAAUCCUCUUCACACAAAAAUACACAAGCACGCACGCUCUGUUUUAAACAAACCAGUAAUUAAUUCCAAUUCUUUAAAGUUUUAGAAACUUGCUUGGUACUCCGGUUAUUUGUAAGAGCAGCAAGAAAGACCGCUAAAUAUUAAAUAGAAUUAUAAUACUUGGAUAUACAUACUUAUAAUAUAGAACCUACCCAAAUAAAAAAU